CCGAGAAGCUUCUGCCGUUGAUGCUUGCAGCCAUGCCUCCUUCGCGCGCAGCACCGCUUACGAGCUCCUUCUCCGUCAGUGACGAGAACAACGUCGUCGUCUGCCCGCUGCGCAACCAUGACAGCUCAGCUUGCCGGAAGCGCUGCACAGGCGAGAAGCGCUUUCGCUCUAUGCAAGAGCAUAUUCGACGUGCCCAUCCCGAGCACUACAUAUCCAAGCUCCCAGCAACAGAGGAAAGUUUUCUGUUAAUGGUCAAUACACCACCACAAGAACGAGCACCACCACCACCUCCUACUACUACUACUACUACUACUACUACUACUACUACUACAACGACGGCAGUGGCAGCGCCACAAACGUAUGAUUACAGCAACAAUGAACACAAUUCCUUCUUCGAGUCCGAAUUCGGUGCCAAUUCUCUUCGAGGGCCUGGCGAAACGCGUCGGCCAUCACUACUGCCUACCGCGACUGCUGCGGCUGCCCUGGCCUCGUUACACAAUCACCGUGCAGAGUAUGACUGGGAUUCAGAUCCGGACGCAGCAUCCGACCCAGACUCGAAGAAGUUCAGGCCCCGCGCGCGCUUUGCCCCAACCCCCGUAGGCCCACCUAGCAAUACCGAAGAACCAUACUAUACUUCUGGCUCCAUCCAGCAAGAACUCUUGCCAUCCUCGCUCGCGCGCUCACCUCUCGGCCGCUCUUCGACUCUGCCUCCGGGAGCUCAUUCUCUCAAGCCGAACCGGCCUCGCAAGCCGUCCAUAGGGCAGAAUGCUCGUCGAGGAAAACACGAACGCCAGAAAUCAAAAGAACACAGUCGGAGAAUGAGCUAUGACCGAAAAGCAUUUUCGGCCGAGCCUGCAACAGCAGCUGCUAUUAUGGGCAAACGGUGGGAGGACCUCAUUGACGCUGCUGCCUCAGCAACUGAGGAGGAUAGUCGUGACUUGACCCCUGUGCCGCAAUCACCCAAUCACUCACCCCACAUGAUGAACAGCCGAACAUCUAUGCCACCCUUCAACUUUGCUUCACAACUCCAGUCAUACACCGCAUCCCCCUUGAACAAUGCUUUGACGCCUCCACCGCCGGACAUGUCGGAUCUGCAGCCUUUCCCCUCUGUCGAGUCAUCGAUUGAAUCAGCAAUGUCUGGCCACAAUUUUCAUAUGCCCUCACAGGGCCUUUCUGACUCGUCUCCCAACUCCCUAUUUCCUGUUCAAAUAUACUGCGCUGCCUGUCGGAAGCUGUCCAUAUUGCGCGACAGCUAUGCAUGCUCUGAAUGCAUCUGCGGUCUGUGCCAGGAGUGCGUCGACGUUCUGGUCAGUGAGCACAAUCGCGGUCGCGCUCCGACGUGCCCACGGUGCAGCACCAUUGGAGCCAAGUUUAAGCCCUUCCAGCUGGACAUUAGAUGAAACGGUUUGGAUUUUUUUGCGAUUUUGAUCUUG